AUGAUAGCCAGGAUCCCGAAUGAUUACCUGAGGAGUAAGAUUCUGGAGAAAGGCGUAUGGUAUGUUGGUGACUCAAUGUUUCACACUGCUAAGUGGACUGCUGGUCACUCAUCUGAUGAUAAACCGCUAGUUACACUUCAACUAUGGGCGCAUUUGACAGGUGUCCCUCUAGACCUGAGACAUCAGCGAGGCAUGCGUCUAAUAGCAGGAUUAGUGGGUGAGCCAAAGGAAACAGAUGAUUUUACAAAGAACUUGGUAAGUCUUACCCUUUCCCAUGUCAAAGUGGAAGUGAAUAUGUCAAAAGAGUUUCCGAAUGUGGUUGAGUAUGAAAGAGAUAGUGGAGAAGUAGUGGAAGUUCGCGUUGACUACCCAUGGCUUCCUCCUAAGUGCUCUCAUUGUCAAGAGCUUGGUCAUAUAGCGAAGAACUGUCUGCUUCUAUCCAUCCCUUCGAAAGUUCAGCCACCUGCAGCUGCAAAGGAACAAGUUAAAAAGGUCUACCAAAAGAAGAAAGAUACUAUUUCGGUGUCACCAAAUUCUGAAGGGAUUGGGACUCUGCAAGCUCCUCCUCUGAUUAAUAAGAAAGUCAUACCUCCUUUGGUACCUCAGGAUAGUAGUCUGCCGGAUCCCCUUGCGGCUCCCUCUCAGGAACUUGAUCCCAUCCUCUCUGCUUUAAACACCAACCCUUCCUUAGCCGCUCUGUCUGCCAAUAAACUCUCCCCGACCACAAAGAAAUCUACCUCCCUGCCCUCAUCUCCUAAAAAGUCACAUGUUCCCUCAAUCAUUAUAGCUCUUCCGGCUACCUUCACUGCCACGGGUGAACCUUACCCCUAUAGUCCCCCACUUCCUCCCUUACCUCAGAAAAAAGCCUCACUUAAAAGAUCCCGCUCAAAUCCUUCUCUUUUUUCUCCCUUCACCCUAAAAGUUUCCUCCGUUUCUCAAAUCCAAGGCCCUCCUCAAAUUCCUCUAAAAAAUGCUUUUUCUUCUUUAACUAAUUCUGUUACAUCUUUUGAAGAUCCUCCACCCGUGGAGGUAUCUUGCCCUUCCUCUUAA